CCCGCGCGCCCCCGCCCCCGCGCGCGCAGCCAUGGGGGACCUGCCGGGCGCCGUGCGCCUCUCCAUCGCGCUGCGCAUCCAGCCCAACGACGGCCCGGUCUUCUUCAAGGUGGACGGGCAGCGCUUCGGCCAGAACCGCACCAUCAAGCUGCUCACCGGCUCGUCCUACAAGGUGGAGGUGAAGCUCAAGCCCAGCAGCCUGCAGGUCGAGAACAUUUCCAUUGGUGGCGUGCUUGUCCCGCUAGAGCUGAAGUCGAAGGAGCCAGAUGGGGACCGAGUUGUUUAUACGGGCAUAUAUGACACAGAAGGUGUGGCCCCAACCAAGAGCGGAGAACGGCAACCCAUCCAGAUCACGAUGCCGUUCACCGACAUUGGGACCUUCGAGACGGUGUGGCAGGUCAAGUUCUACAAUUACCACAAGCGAGAUCACUGCCAGUGGGGAAGCCCCUUCUCCGUCAUCGAGUACGAGUGCAAGCCCAACGAGACGCGCAGCCUCAUGUGGGUGAACAAGGAGUCCUUCCUCUGAGGCCGCCUCUCCCCGACGGUGCGGGUCGGCCCCUUCCGAGGCCCCCUUUCGGGUAACCCAGCGCAGGCCUUCACCAAGGCACCCAGCCUCUCUUGCCCCUUGGGUGCCGAUGCCCUCACCGGCCCCGGUUAUUCUGCAAGUGUCCGUUCCCUUCCGAUGUACCGUCCCCGACGUGAAAGGUUGUGACGCCCCGUCCCCGAGAAGCCCCCACUGUACUAACGCGUCGCUGUCCCUGCGCCCGGCCACCGACCGCUGCGAGGAGCUCAGUGGCGCGGGCCGGUGGCGCCCGCUCCCAACGGUUCGGCUGCAGGGCCGCCGGUGUGUCGUUGCCAAGUUGAGUGAUCGCCCUGUUCUUGGUAAAUGCUAAAUAAAAAGAUAAAACACAAAA